UCGGUCAACUGCUGUUCAGAAACCCGGAAGUAUAAUGGAAAGCGGCACGCGCAAUACGCACACGCGCGCGCUGACAUCUGCACGUUUACGACUGAUGUAACAAAACAAAGUCAUAGACGUGUGAAGGAUUUGUGGAGAAGAGCGUUCCAUGUGACCGGAACACGAUUGUACAGAGCUUCGUUUCCUCCUUAACUUCCUCAACACUGCCAUCAUGUCACUGCUAACUCACGUGCUGGCAUGUUUGUUUGGCACGGGCUCCUGGGUGGCAAUCAACGGAAUGUGGGUGGAACUCCCGCUAAUUGUACCACAGAUCCCUGAGGGUUGGUACCUGCCAUCCUACCUAACAGUCCUCAUCCAGAUGGCCAACAUAGGCCCCUUCGUCAUCACCUUGAUGCAUCACUUUCGCCCAGGAGUGCUGGAUGAGAGGCGGGUUGUCUACUGCAUCGCUGUGUUGGGGAUCAUUGCCACAUUCCUUUUGGCUUUCUUCUGGAAGAACACAGUGACUAUAUGGGGCAACCUGCACAGUGUGCCCCUCUUGAUAUUAUGCUUCCUGCUCUCUGUGGUGGACUGUACCUCCUCCGUCACCUUUCUGCCUUUCAUGAUGCGUCUGUGCCCGCAGUACCUCACCAGCUACUUUGCAGGUGAAGGCCUCAGUGGUCUGGUGCCUGCACUGGUGGCUCUUAUACAAGGUGUUGGUGUAGUGCGUUGUCAUAAUGUCACUGUGACAGUUUCAUUGAACAAAACACUUGAGAAUUCCACGGGUGACACUGAGGAGCUCCAAGCAAUCUAUCAACCAGCAAAAUUCUCUGCUCAGAUCUUCUUCUUGUUCCUCAGUGUUAUGAUGGUUGUUUGCUUGAUAGCCUUCAUCCUACUCAACCAUCACCCUGCUGUUGCUCGGGCGAAGAAGAAGGACCUGUAUUUCAGAGAAGAACUGACCCCAGGGAAGAGAGAGGAAGUUUUCUCUUUGCACACCCAAACACCAGAGCAAAAGCCAAUGUUAAAUCCCUUUGAGUCUGCUAGGAGGGAACCUUGCAGCUCCUUUGGCAGGGGCACAUACAGUAACUCUGAGGUGGCUUUCAUUUUUGUUGUACUGGCCUGGGUGAAUGCUCUGACCAAUGGUGUGCUGCCAUCGGUGCAGUCUUACUCCUGUCUGCCUUAUGGGAACCAGGCCUAUCAUCUGGCUGCCACAAUGGCAGCUGUCGCCAAUCCACUGGCGUGUUUCAUUGCCAUGUGUAUGCCUAUCAGGUCACUGAUCUUCAUGUGUCUUCUGACUGUGUUUGGCACUGGAUUUGGAGCCUACAUCAUGGCCAUGGCUGCUCUUAGUCCUUGUCCUUUGUUGGUCCACAGUGCAUCUGGGACUGUUGUUAUAGUGCUGGUUUGGAUCAUAUUUGUUCUCUCCCUGUCCUAUGUAAAGGUAAUAAUUGGAGUAAUUCUCCGAGACGAGGGCCAUAGUGCCCUCGUGUGGUGUGGGGCGGUAGUCCAGUUGGGCUCCAUGGUAGGUGCCCUUUCCAUGUUUCCACUGGUAAGCAUCUAUGGCCUUUUUAAGUCAGGUGAUGCCUGCAACACCAAAUGUCCCAUGUAACAAAGAAAUAUGUUUGAAACACUGCUGUACAAACCCAAAAAAUCCAACUUGCACUUGUACUGUAAUAUAGGCACAUUAGUGGGAGUGAAGUUAUGAGGCUUACAUCUUCCAACUUUUCAGCAGAGCUGAGUGGUCUCAGGUGUUCAUCUACCACUCAUCUUAUUUAAACAGACUUGGUAAUAAGUGGUAGAUUUCAGUCUUUAUCACACUUCAGAAAGAGUAAGGACCACAAGAGUAGAUCUAAAUAUAUAUAUAUAUUUUUUUUAUUUGCUUAGUUACAUUAUCCGUUCCUUUUCAGAAGUCAGCUGAGUGUUUUUUUUUUGUUUUUAAUGUGAACAUAAUAUGAAAGUAUUCAAAUAUUUUGAGUGUGCACUUUGAAAAUGUGGUACUUUUUCUUUUUUUAAAGAAAGAAUUUGAUUUCAGACUACAUUGUUACAUAAUAUUACGGACUGCUAUAUAAAUGUACUGUGGUGGAGACACUGUUAAAACAAUACAAAAUAAACCAAAAUAAAUAUACUCUCUUAGCUUUUA